AUGACCUCUUUUAUUGACGCACUCAAUGAUAGUGCAAUGGAAUGGCAUGUCCAAUCCACCAGUCCGAAAACUCUUAACGAAGCAUUGACAAGUGCUUUAAAAUAUGAAUCUUUUAAAAGAGGGCGAGCGAAGUGGUUGACUCCGAAUAUUGGGCGUGAUGAUAAUUCCACUUUAUUGGUUGAAACUAACCUUGCCGUUAAUAAGAUGAUAUUCUCCGAGAUGGAAUCUCGACUCCAAACUUUGGAAAAAUCUCUUAGUGAACGUAACCGCGGAUAUCUAAAACCUCGUCCCUGUGGGAUCUGUAAAUCGCAGGAGCAUCUAACUAUGCAUUGCCCAAAGAAACAUCCCAAUUCUAAAGGUGGCGCUCGUUGUUGUUGGAUAUGUGGAAGUUCAGAUCAUUAUUUUCCCGAAUGUCCUCGUAAGCAGAUUUAA